UCCCCCAUCGACCGUACCCAUCCUCCCUGGGAGCGCGUCGCCACACUGAGCAGCCGAGUGAGUGACAGCCAGCUGUGCGGUUAGCACCACAACAACACCCUACCGGACCCGAGACUCCGAGAGCUACCCUGUCCGUCGGAGAGCCGUCGUAUGCGUGUCCUGUCGCCGGUUAUUCCCGCCCCUGAUACUCGAGUUAUAUAUCCACACCUUAAUUAACGUCAACCCGUUUCUUAGCUAGCUAGCUAGAAGAGCAUUCCCCCCAACAUGAAUCCGUUGUGUGGCAGAUGUAACCGAGUCGUGUACCCCACGGAAAAAGUGAAUUGUCUGGACAAGUACUGGCAUAAAGGAUGCUUCAGCUGCGAAACCUGCAAAAUGACUCUAAACAUGAAGAAUUACAAAGGUUUCGACAAAAGGCCAUACUGCAACGCACACUACCCCAAGACAAACUUCACCGCCGUGGCAGACACUCCUGAGAACCGCCGCCUGAAAGAGCAGACCAAGAUGCAGAGUCAGGUUCUCUACAAGGAGGAGUUUGAGAAGAACAAGGGGAAGGGCUUCAGUGUGGUGGCAGACACACCGGAGAUGCAGAGAAUCAAGAAAACUCAGGACAACAUCAGCAACAUUAAGUACCAUGAGGAGUUCGAGAAGAGCAGGAUGGGAGGGGAGGCCCCGCCCCAUCAACCUAGCACCCCCACCUCAGCAGGCUACCAGCAGGCUGCGCCGUCUCAGAACUUCCACUACGAGCCGACCCCGGAGCCGGUCCGUCAGGCCGCCGCCGCCCCGCCCCCGAGCGCUGGGAAGCGCUACCGGGCGGUGUACGACUACGCGGCGGCGGACGAGGACGAGGUCUCCUUCGUGGACGGGGACAUGAUCCUGGAGGUGCAGCAGAUCGACGAGGGCUGGAUGUACGGCCGCGUGGAGCGCACCGGCCAGCGGGGCAUGCUGCCCGCCAACUACGUAGAGGCCAUCUGAGGAGGGGGAGAGGAGAGGGAGAGGGGGAGGAGAGGGGGAGAGAGCUGAAGGUAGUGAAGGAGGAGGGGAAAUAUGAAAAGCCCAGUGCCAUCUCAUCUAGCUACUGCUUUCUCUUGUUUUGAUUUCUUGUUUUCCUGUCUGUCCUGUGACCCCCCACCCCCGACUAGUAGUCUGACCCCCUUUUGCAUCCCCCCCCCCUCCCUCGCUCCCUCCCCCCCCUCCUUCUGUGUGCGUCUAUUUCCUGUCCCUGUGCUGUUUUCUUUCUGUCGGUUUGGCCGUCUUCCCUUCUGGAAGUUUGUCCCUCCUCUGUCCCCUUAGCGUGGUGGCAUCAUCCCCCUUUUGCGCUGCCAAAUACUCAACAGUCUUAAAUGGAGUAACCUUCAUACGUCUUAUUAUGUCCGGGCUCCAGCCGCGGUUUGCCACCUCGCAUCCUAGCUGUAAGCGCUAACAAUCUUACAAACGAAAACAAAAGAAAAACAACAUUGCCAGGGGGGGGGGGGGCGAAUGAAUGAAUGAACGAAUGAAUAAACAAAUCAUGUUAUAGACCUCUCGUUAGCUAGCUGAUCAACACUCAGUUGCCAUGGUAUCAGAUAACUGCAGUUGCUUUUGUACAGACAGACAGACGGACGGAGAGAGAGCUUAAAGUAGGUCUGGGGGGGUCAAACCUGUGUUGGUGUUUUGCUGUUUUUCCCCGUGUGCUCCUGGCUCCGUACUGGAAGCGCGGCGGCGUUCUGACGAACCCCACGGGUGGACCAAGCCGGUCCCCAACGCGGGGGAACCCCUAUUUUGACUUGUGUACAUUCCAUUGAAUUGACCACAAUACCCUCAGCGCUGUCGCCACAGACAGACCGAAUGAAUCCGUCUUACCAGAGAGGUUUUGUAUAUAUUUUUAUUUUCAGACUCAUCUCAAACUCCAAACUCCUUGCCUAGCAGGCACCCUGUGGGUAUUGCGAUUUAAAAACUGGAAUCAUGGCCCGAAAUCAUGCAUAUCACGUGUGUAGAGAGUGAGUGUGGG